CCAAAUGCUUACACAUCUACCUCGUUUAAUAUAACCCAUCCUAUAGCUACCUAGCUACCUAGCUAGCUAACUAGCUACGUAAUUCGUAUGAAACGGUGCUAGAUAAAACCAACAAAACCACCACCAAUUUUCCUCCCUACCUCCCUACCAUCAAGCAAACCCACAACCCUCAACCUCCCCUAAACCAAAAAACCCCAAAAAUGGCAGACAAACCCGGCGCCCUCGUAACGCCCACCUCCGUGCUCAUAUCCACCAGCAUCGUCGUCUUCAUAUCCGGCUUCAUGCUCGGCGUCUACUCGAUCCGGGGCUACUUCUUCGUCUCGCCCACCCUCGCCUCGGAGCGCCGCAAGUACUUCGACGACCCCCCCGAGAGCGAGGAGUCCGACGUCGACGAGGACGACACCAUCCUCGACCACGCCCCCAACUGGUCCAACGGCGUCGACGCCGACCGCCGCGACGGCCUCCGCCUCUCCAAGCCCGCGAAGAAGAAGGGCGGCAGCAAGAAGGCCAGCAAGGACGCCAGCAAUAACAAGGAGGAUGCCAAAGCCAAUGAUGAUAAUGAUGACAGGAUAGCAGAAGGGUCCGCGAACGAGGAAUGCAAGCUUGUGCUAGUCGUGCGGACAGAUCUCGGCAUGACCAAAGGCAAAAUCGCAGCCCAAUGCUCGCACGCGACCCUCGCCUGCUACAAGAAGCUCUCCCGCGCCGCCCAGCGCAACCCCAGCUCUCCCGAGGCCCGGCUCCUGCAGCGCUGGGAGCACCGGGGCCAGGCCAAGAUCGCGGUGCAGGUGAAGUCGGAGGCCGAAUUAAUCCAACUGAUGGGCAAGGCGCGCAGCCUGGGCAUCACGGCCGAGGUCAUACAGGACGCGGGCCGCACGCAGAUCGACCCGGGCAGCCUCACCGUGCUCGGCGUCGGGCCCGCGCCCAAGAGUGUCGUCGAUGGUGUCACUGGUGGGCUGAAGCUGUUGUGAUGUAGAUACUAGCUACUAGCUGGCUGGAUGUUUCAUUGGUAUACAUUUUUACUAGUAAUCAAAAGGGCGGGCAAGGCAUGAAUGAAUAAGCGACGCGGCGGAUGCUACAAAAAGGGUAUAUAGAUAGGUAGGUAGAAAAGGGCAUCAUCAUAGAGCGCGCCAGUAUUGUAAAUACCAAAUAGGCGGACAUAUUCAUUUUACAGGGAAGGCAUUAUAAAAUUGAAAAGCAUAUUCGAUUGCAGCAGGAAAUGUUUCUAGGCAACUACUAUGUAGUCAUAUCAUCUUCGAGCCGUGAGACUCUUCAGAUAUGUAAAAGUCCAGCUCUAGACCUCCAAUAACACAGAUACGCAUGAUUCCAUCACUUUGAACCU